AUGGUUUAUUGCGGGAAGGCCUCCCAGGGCUGCCAGAGUUGUCGCACCCGUCGAAUUAAGUGCGACAAGCUCCGGCCCGAUUGCUCCCAAUGCGUUCGGGUUGGCAAGAAAUGCCCGGGAUAUCGCGAUCAACUUUCUCUUAUGUUUCGGGAUGAGAGCAGCAAGGUUAUCCAGAAGGCUCAUGCGCAGUGGGGUGUGGACGAUGUCCCAGAGGCUUCGGGAUCUACCCCUACCGAACCGACUUUGUCGAAAACUCCCGCUUCGACUCUUCCUCAUGACCAAAUCUCGGCCGCUUCGACCCUGCCUUCGCCUCCAUCUUCACAUGCGGGGUUCUCCACGGACCUCACUCCCUAUCUUCACCGAGGUGUGCAUCCGUCCAUUGGAGAAAGUUACGAAGAUCAAGGGUUUCGGUUCUACAUCAACCGCUAUCUUAUUGGGCACCCGGACGAGCCUAGAAAUGCCGCAGAACUAAGCAUGGGCGGAUGGCACUGGGACCCUGCCUUGCGAGAUAUCUUCACCGCUGUUGGUUUGGCUGGGUUAUCGAAUCUUAAAGGCGACCUCGAACUCAUGGCAACAGCUCGUAGGCAAUAUGGUAGCGCGCUUCGUACUGCCGGUCAAUUGAUACAGUCCAAGCAACAACCCUCUGUCGAUGUCACAAGCCGUUUAGUUGUUUUGUUGGCUCUCUUUGAGUUGGUUAAAGGCACGGAAUUGAGUGCGGGGACCGUCUACGCUCACAUAGCUGGUGGCGCUGCUCUAAUUCGGAGUUGGUUUCCCAUGCAGCGAGCCCAGUGUGGUGGUGUUCGACCUCUAUUGCAACUAUGUUACUCUACGUUCAUAACCGCGUAUGAAACCGGCAUGGACCUCCCCCCCAUGUUUCUUGAUUGGGUGACUUUCGCUCGCCAGGCUAUGACGCCAGAGGAUGAGCCAGCGGCUGAACUAGGACUGCUGAUUGCUCAGUUUAUCGAGCUUUCCUCUUGUAUACGUUUUCGUUCCCCUAGCCUCCAAGGUGCCGCCCGGAAAGAUGCUCUCCAAAAAUUAGAGCGCUUGGAUAGUCGUCUUGCCACAUGGGAGGAGUCUCUUGACGGACAAUGGCUUUAUUCAACAGAAAAUGGAAGCCACUUCGAUCCCGCUGCUAUCUUCCGGGGAGAGUACCACCGUUAUUCCGACAUGUGGAUUGCAGCCAUGUGGAAUCACUAUCGUUGGGCGAGGAUCCUCGUCAACCAGGCAAUAUUCGAAAUUAUUAAAGGUUCCCCUUCGAUAGCAACUUCGUCAAAGACCCCCGGGACACCCUCACCUCUCCAAAUCAUUCAACGACUCAGCAAAGACAUGUUUGCGAGCACUCCUUCGCAUUGGCGCCACCCACUUCUUGGGGAAAAGGGCAAUCUCUCUGUGCGACAAACACAACCAGGUGGUGGGGCGGGCUCAGCUGCGAUACCAAUUCUUCUCUUUCACCUCAAGGGUGCAGCUUGCGCUCCGGGAAUUUCAAUGGAGGACCUUGAUUGGACUUACGCAAUCAUGGAGUGUAUCUGGGGAGACAUGGGCAUGCUAAAUGCUAAGGGGACGAUGAGUGAGUUGAUGAUGCAUCGUGAUCGAUUACAAAAUUUACACCAUGCAUCAAGCAUCAUCAACCAG